GUCUCCAUAACAUUUCCGAAUAAUGUCGUCAAAACAUUUGUCAAGGACAUUUUCCUUUUCAAAGAACAAUAAAGCCUUUCCUAGUCCUAGAAUACGACCGUAUGGUCCGCGCCAGGUUCGCAGCUAUGCUUCUGAAUCUGCCGACAAAUCAAACCUACGUCCAUUGGUCCUGGAGAAACCGGAUAAAUUUCGACCUCCAUCACAUCCUUCACGAAAGCCAGCACCUCGUCGAAGUUUCGGACCGAGAUUGACAGAUGAAGAAAUCGCUGCGCAGAAGACGAAACAGUAUCCGAGCAUGAUGCCGCCCGAAGGGAGCUUUAAGUACGCUCUGCUAACGGCUAGGAGAUUCCACGCUUGGUUUGCGACGAGUAUACUUGUUGCCCUGGCUGGUGCAACAUUCUACAUAGACUUUCACAGCAAGAAUAAAUACCCCGAUUUAUUACCGCCCGCUUCGCUGCUUUGGUCGCAUCCAAUAGAGUAUAUGUCCCAAUACGCGCAGGUGUACAAGAUGCACAAGCAGGAGGAAGCUGCUGAGAAUCUUAAGAAAAGACAGCGUAAGCAGGACGAAGUACGCAAACGGAGGGAGUACAUGCGUGCUCACGGCAUCGAACACGAAGGGCCCUACGGCCUAGGUACGGUCGAGGGUGAUGAAUACAGGAAGAAGAUGGAAGAGGAAAGGGAACACUUGUCUUUAGAAGAACAGGCUCGUGAAGAGCUGGUGAGGUCUUUGAGAGCGCAAAGGGCUCGGGAGCAGGAGAUUCUAGAUGCUGACGAAGUACGGGGCUUCGAUGGCGAAAGACGGAAAGUAAAAAAAUGGUUUGGGAUCUGGUGAGCCGUUGUAGACUCUUGACAGCAGAAAUAGCGACCACAUCUCCAAGUUUGUCGCUCUUUGGAAUUUUGCCGUCCAAGUGUAUUCCUGAUAUUAAUAGAUCCACAGUUACAGGAGGGUCUCACGGGUAAACAGCGUUUGUUCUUGGAGUAGCUACAAAAGCUUCAGCAAUAGCGCUAAUCGAUUUCUCCCCUCCUUGUCUCCACUUCCCAAAUCAUUGCAAAUGGUAAUUCAUAGCAGGAUAUCGCGGACAUAUCGAGCGGCCAAAAAAGGCUCGAUGCUACAAUUUUUAACAGUAUAGAGAACCGGGCUUAGCAAACUUGUAGCUGAAGAAAUAUGUGACGAAUUGCUUCG